CCCGUGCCCAGGGGCGGCGGCGCCCCGGAACCCCCUGAGCCCGCCCGGCCGCGGGGAGGGGGGAGCGCCCCGGCCGGGCCGGGGGUGGCUGGCAGGGCAAGAGGGACAGCCCUGCGGGGUGACUCCUGGGAGCGGCUGCCGUGGUGAGGGUCGGGCGUUAGCAGGGCUGCGGGGGAGGCAGGGAUAGAGGGACAGAGCCGCCGGGGCGGGGAGAGGGUUCUGCAGCGGGGAACGGGGUCUGUGGUCCCGGAGGCAUCACCCGGUGGGUGCCCGCCGCCCUCCCUGCGCCUGCUUACUCGCGCUCGUCUUGGGCUGCUUGGGCUGGCCCCUCUUCCUUCUUUGUUAGUGUUUUAAUGGAGGACACGAUAAGAUAAAAGUUACAAGGUUAAGGAAAAGCUCUUUGUCCUCAGGGCUGGUUUCCCCCCCGCUCUCGCCGAGCGCUCCCAGCCUCGCAGGACGGGGGACGCGCCCGCCGUGCCGGCACAGCCCGGCGGCAGCGAGCCGCGCUCCCCGCCCGCGGGCAGCCGAGGCGGGCAGCGCCUGACCCGCACCGCCGAAAGCGCUCACAGGGGGAAACGCUUAGGCUGUCCAGGUGCAUGCCAGCCUCCGGUGGAAGCUGGAAGCCUAUUGCAUAAGUAUUUAUAAUUGUUGCAGUGCCUUUUUUUUUUUAACGUUAGAAGGCUGUCAUAAAUCCAGACGUUUCAGAUAAAUAUAGCAGUACCUUUAAAACCUUCCAAGCAAAGCUUGCACAUCAGGAAAAUUAAUAUGGCCUUAGGAAGGGAGCAAACUAUAUUUAUCUCCAGCUAUAUUCCACGUAUGGCAAGCUGGAAGGUGAUGCUAAAAGUUAUUAAGAGAGCUGUAGGCUAAGAUGGCAUGAUUGGAAAUAAGCAGACACAUCUGGAUUUACAUCCAGGUGUUUUGUCUGACCUCAACUAUUCUAAGCUUCAUCCUUUGCCUCUACAGUGGCUUUCCAGUUCCUAAAGUCAAAGAAAAAAGAUGUUAUGGUAAUUGAAGCAUGAGGGAGCCAUGGGUGUAUUUUAAACAUUGAUAAGAAAGAUGGUCUCUUACAGUAAUUAAUUAAAAAAUUGAGUAAGGAAAUUACAGUCUAAGGAUCAAAGUAAGAUAGAUAUCUGUAGUGUGAACUUGAGUUGUGGUGGGAAGUUGUGAAUUGCUUUGAAUUAGUGUGAGUGGUUUUAAUGGGUUACGGAUUCUGGUGUGGUCAUGUCAAGCAUGAGUUGACUUCUCACAAAGUACUUCACUUGGCCAAUUUGGACAAAAGUAAAACUCUGAAAGAAGUACUGUUAAACAGUAGUUUAUUUUGUAUUUCAGAUUAGAUUACACAUGGAAAUAUGGAAGAAAAAUAAAAGAGGACAAACCCCAAGGGCUUGUGGGAUUGGAAUUAGGAUAGUAAGGCUGUCCUCUGAUGGAGCGAUUUAAAACAGUAGAAAAACAUGAAAACAUGUUUCCACCAUUUCCACUUCCAGUGAUUCCUAUAAAAGUUCAUACAUUAGUGAUUCAAGCAAUCAUGACUGCAAUCAAUGCAAUCAGCUAUUUUACAUAAUUUCCCGUGUACAGGCACAAAAUACUCAUGUCUUUACCAGCAUUAGUCUCUUGGAGCAGAAGAAUUGAGGUUUUUUCCUAUCGAACUUUCUCUUCAAAACUGAAACAGUGAAGCAAGGGAUUUGAAGUAGGAUGGAUGAAUAGAUGGGUAGGCAGCCUGACAUUUUUAAUUGCUCUCACCAGUUGUAGAAAUGUCUGGUAUCUGGGAGACUAUUUACAAGAAAGCUAUAUAUUCACCUUGUCCUUAUUCUCUAGAUUUUAUUUUUUAUCCCUUUUGGAAAUGAUGCUGGGCCCAGUUAGACUGUGAUAUUACCCAGUGUUGACAGUCUUAUAUCUUUGAACUACAGUUGAUUCUUUAAGCUUUGGUUUUGGUGUAUUAUUCCACCUUUAGCAUAUUUAACUAAACAAGAAAAAAAAAGGUCAAAUUUCAAGUUUUUUACUGUGUUACCAUCAGGAUGUGAUAGUUAUGUAAGAGAGGAAAAAAUGACAUUUUCAAGAUUAGAUAACACACAGCUCCACCACCACUCCGUUAAAAUAGCACACUCAAAAAUCCUUCCCCCCCCUCCACUUGUAGGGUCAGAUAAAUGAUAUUUUAAAACAACAAAGCCUUGCCAUUGUGCAGUUCAUGUGGGCCAUUCUAAAAAGCCUUCAGGGGCUGUCCUUUCCCUUCCUGCUGUAGAGCAGUAUUGUUCUGCUGGUUGUGGAAAUUGGUGGUUCUCAUUCAGAAGGGUACCUGCAAAGCACUGUGCCUCCAGUACAGUGAGGUUGAAGUAAUUCCCUUCUUAUGCUUUUUAAGGUAUUGGUUGGAUGUUUUUCCAAGCAAUUCCUUGUAUGAGUAGUGUGUGCAACCCAAUUAGAUAUGAGAUGACAAUAAAACAGUGGUUUAAGUCGUAUUUGACCCCACUUUAGGUAAAUUAAGCACAAUGGUUCUGAUUCAAGGUCUUCAGAAAUCAACAGCAGUAUAAACAAAGUAAAGCAAGACCAACCCAGAUUAGGGGACAGGCAGUGGACCUGCUAGAUGCUAGUUGCCCAGCUAUUGUAACUUUUUGCAAAGAUAUGUGUAGCAAAGGCAAAAUAAAAUUAAUCGGAGAAAGAUUGGAUUAGGCAAAUAAGAGUCAUACUUAAGAAAAUCAUAAUUUCAUUCCUGAAAACUCUUUGUUCUCCCAAGAAACACUUAAAUAUAAUUUCUUCUAGGGGAAAAAAACCAACAAAGGAAAUAUCAAGCCGUAUUUGAAAUUCUUGAAUGGCUUUUGAAAACCUUAGCUGAUAAUGUUUGAGUUCUUUCAGCCCUGGUUAAGAAAUAAUGCUCAGAACCAACUAUGAUUUGUUGUGUUUCAGGUUUUUAUUGCUGUUAAGUAGAAUUUUGGGGCUCUAGUGAGGUAGUUCUGGCAGAGAGAUUUUUAAAUGGAAAAAUCCUCAGCAUUGCUGCGGUAAAACAGACACUAGUCCUUGUUUGUGCAAUGCAGUAGUGGAAAAAAGUUGGUUUUGAAUAUUUUUUUUUAGUUAAUGAGUGGCUACAAAGGUGCAUUUGCAGCUUGGUUUCAAAAGUUAGUUAUGGUGAGCUGAACAGGGCUAGACUGUCAGCAGUAGUGUGGCCAGCAGGACCAGGACAGUGAUUGUCCGCCUGUGCUCAGCACUGGUGAGGCCACACCUGGAGUGCUGUGUCCAGUUCUGGGCCCCUCACUGCAAGAAGGACAUUGAGGGGCUGGCACAAGUCCAGAGCAGGGCAGCAGAGCUGGUGAAGGGUCUGGAGCAUAAGUCCUACAAGGAGCAGCUGAGGGUACUAGAGUUCAUCCCAGAGACUAAUCUUGUCAAAAAGGUAAGAAUUUAAAAUGAACAAGAUUUAUUUUAGAUUCUUUCUUUUGGCAAAGGCAAGAAUUCUAGCAUUUUUAUGAAAUGUGUUAAAUGCAGUGGCUUCUGCUGCACGAAACCAGUUUUUAGCUGUCUAAAUAAACUGCUAAUUAACGAACAGUCAAGUGCUCAUUGGGAUUUCCCUUCAGUUCAGCAUGAAAUCUGAAUUUUUCUUCAUAGCGUAAUAGUAUGGCAGUUGCUGGUGGAUAAGGGAAAGACUGUGGAUGUGGUCUGCCUAGACUUUAGUGAAGCCUUUGACACUGUUUCCCACAGCCUUCUCCUGGAGAGCUGGCUGCUCAUGGCUUGGACAGGUGCACUGUUCCUGGCUGAAAAGCUGUCUGCAUGGCCAGGCCCAGAGGAUGGGGUGAACGGAGUGACAUCCACUUGGCAGCCAGUCCCUAGUGGUGUUCCCCAGGGCUUAGUGCUGGGACAGGUUUGGUUUCAUAUUUUGAUCAAUGCUCUGGGGUUAGGGGUCGAUCUCUUCUCCAAGAAACAAGCAAUAGAAUGAGAAAAUGGCCUCAAGUGGCCCAAAGGGAGGUAUAAAUUGGACAAAGGGAAAACUUUCCUUAAGGAAAAGGUGGUCAAGCAUUGGAACUGAGCAGUGGUGGACUCACCAUCUAUGGAGGGGUCUAAACCACAGGUAGAUGUGCCAGUUAGGGAUGUGGUUUAGUGGUAGCCUUGGCAGUGCUGGGUUAACAGUUGGACUUGAUCUCAAAAGUCUUUUCCAACCAAAAUGAUUCUCUGGUUCUAUGUCCUCAUUUUCAGUUCAGUUACAGUUUUGGAGAUGUCUGCCCACUUUGUCAAGAGAGCCCUGAGGAGCUCGCUCCUGCUGGGUGAUUUUGGAUUUGGGGCAGUGACACCCAGAACCCAGGAGAUGCUGGUCCCCAUUCCUCUUUCCCAGUUACCAGAAUGCUAGUUUGUCUGUGGUGCUAAGAAGUCUCUUCUCAUCUCCAAAAACAACUGUUUGAGUGUUAACCAGAGACUACUUGUUUUCAGUAGAUCCAGUGACACUUCUAAGAUUUGUCUGUAUGAGAUGUCUCUCACUUUGAUGAUGAUGAUGAUGAUGAUGGCAGCAAUACUUGUCUUUAAAAUGCAAAUGACAAAGGUUGACCUCAGGGCUUAAAGGUAGAGGGUAUAAAAGGAAUGAAAGUUUAGAGCAGAUUUUAUCUAAAGGGAUAAAAUUUCAGCUAGGGGAGGCUGAGCUGACUAAGUUUCCAAAUGUGACAGAACUGACAGCCAUGACCGUCAGAUGAUCUGGGACAAAAAUCUGGGACACUGGCUGUAGAUCAGCAAGCACAGUAUUGCUUACAAGAAGGAAGAAAAAGGCAUUCACCGAGUACAGACAAUUAAGGUACCUCAAUAGUACAUUAGGGAUGUAGAACACAUUUUCGAGUGAAAAACUAAUGAGAGAGGUGAAAGUAACAUGAAUACCAUCAUUCAUAACCCUUGAAGUUACCGAACAUAGAUGAAAGUCAACCUAACUCUGCUUUUGUUCUUGUAAUGGAGACACAGUGUUCAGGCUCUCAUCUCUUUGGACUCGAGUAAAGCAGGUGAUAUAAUGAGCCACAUGGAGAAUUUUGACUAAAACAGAGUAAGAUGGAAUUGCUAAAAAAGUUGUCAGGUCUGAAAGAUCCUGUUAAAAGCCUGUUUAAAUGGAUCAUGAAAUAGGAAGAGCUUCCUGACUGGAAACACACUUCAUAUGCAUUUUCUGAGGAUCAGCCUUAGUACUAAUUUUACUUGAUAUUUUCAUCAGUGACCCUGGCACAAAAAGACAGGAAAUUGAUCUUUUGGUUUGGCAGCAAGUAAGAAAGUGAUUUCAAUAAACUGAGGAGAAAAAUGUCAGACAGAAAGAAACUGACCUGCGUGACUGCUGGGGUAGUAGAAAUGGAAGAAUUGUAGUCAUGCAAGUGUCAAACCAUGUACAUCUAUUAAGAAAAAAUGUUGCUAGAUCCUGAGAGUUUAUUAGUGGGAAGUGAUAGAAGAUGAGAAAGAACAGGAAGUUAUUAAAAAAAAAAAGGAUAUAAGCCUAGACUUUUUUUUUUCCCUGUUAAGAUAAGGAAUUACUCAUUGUGCUAUACGUGACUCUGGUGAACAGAGUCACACAACAGACAGGUCUGGUCAGGCUAUUUGUAAAAAAAAGAGGAAGUAUAACUAACUGAAGGAAGGAAAGGAUAAUUUGGAACAGAUUUACCAUACAACAAGAAUUGGAGAAAUGCUUGCUCCCCCACUGUCUUGCCAAAAUGAUGCUAGAGAGGGGACAUGAUUGCCCUAUGUAAGUGAUUUAUGAGAACAGAGAGCAAGUGACACAUGAGAAAAAUUAUGAAGUAAAUGGCUAAAAGAAAUUUAGUUUAGGAGAAUACUUCUGAGAAUCUGAAGUGACAUUAUGGGAUGGUUUCUGAGAAAGAGUGGGAGGAUUUACUCACUGUCAAACAGUACUUGUUUAUGUCAGGACAGGGAUUACCUGGCAUGCUAAGCUGUUAUAGCAAGGGACUGGAUUCAGUCUGAAGAACAGAAAACAGUUAAUCAGUAGGAAACAAGUUAGUAAACAGAAGAAUAAUUGACAAACUGCAACCUAAACUUUUCAGCUAUGGAGUCCACCCCUUAGGCUCAGUCAUUGUUACACAGUGAAUGUUUCAGUGUCUCUCAUCUCAGAAGAAACGGUUGCAAAGUCACGAGGACCACAGUUGAAAUAUCCCCCAUGUCCUUGGAAAAAAUGCAAACUCACUUAGGGAAGAAGACUUUGGAGAAGUGUGAGAAGGAGAGGGAACAACUUCCUUUGAAAGACAGCAGGAAUGAAACAUCCUAACCCUAUGCUCAGAAUGGUAUUUGGAUCCUACAGUUAGGAGAACUCUUAAGCUGUGAAAUUUAAGCACACUGUGUUAUCUGUGUUGUGGCCUGACUUAAGUUUCUAAGGAACUGCAAUAAUGCUGCUGCAUUUCUGGGGUUUGGAAGAGAAACCUUGGACUGAUCAGACUCUUUUCUUCAGCCAUGUUGCUUGGUAGAAGAGAUGCAUGUAAUCUACAGAUUUAUAAAAUAGGUGCUUUUCCUGCCACUGGUCGUUCUCUUGAGACCUAAGUGCUCCAAGUAAGAUCAAUAGAGGAACAUGUUCAUUUCUCCCUGCUGGUGACAACACUAUGCUUCCAAAGGAGAAAUCUGAAUGUUCUUGGAAAGUAAGCUCUAUGGGAUGGAACAUGAGGCUACCCAGCUAGAAAAGCAGCACGUGCACAGUGUGUAUGAAAAUACAGCUGCCUACUUCAGUGAUCUGCAGACCAAAGCAUGGCCUCGUGUUCGGAACUUUCUGCUGGAACAAAAGCCUGGCAGUCUCGUUGUUGAUAUAGGUUGUGGAACUGGAAAGUAUCUCAGUGUCAACAGUCAAGUGUAUAAUCUGGGCUGUGAUUACUGUGAAGGACUGGUAGAAAUUGCAAAGAAGAAAGGUGAUGAAGUUCUGGUGUGUGACAACCUUAACCUUCCCUUUAGGGAUCAGUGCUUCAAUGCAGUCAUUUCAAUUGGAGUGAUACAUCAUUUCUCAACUAAACAAAGGAGAAUCAAAGCAAUAAAGGAAAUGGCAAGGAUAUUAACACCUGGAGGCCAAAUAAUGAUUUAUGUUUGGGCUAUGGAACAAAAGAAUCGUCGCUUUGAGAAACAAGAUGUAUUUGUUCCAUGGAACAAGGCCUUGUGCUCACGCCAUUUUUCAGAAUCAAAUCAAUCUGGAGAUAAGGGUGAGUUUGUCCAUACUGCAAAAGGCCAAGACAUACAUCCUGCACAGCUUGUCAUCUCUGAGUGCAGCUACCAAAACAAUCUGCAGCCAGAAACUGAUUCUAAACAUCCCCACAAUAUGGACCAUUGCUUACCCACAGCCUGCUGCAUGAAAAUUUCUGAGGAAGAAAACAGAUUUUACAGUGCUCUAGGAAGAUCUUUCCGCUCAUGGUUUUUCUCCAGAUCCCUUGAUGAAUCAGCCCUGAGAAAGCAAAGUGACAGAAUGAAGCACCUGAAACACGAAGGAGUGUGGGCCAACAGCGCCGUACCCAUUCAGCAUUCACGACACUGCAGUUUGGAUUUAGGUCACCAUGGGGCACUGUUAAACGAACAGGGUUUAGAUGAUGAUGAUGAUGUGUUUGUGGAAAGCCUGUCUCUCAAAAAACCACAGUGGUCGCCAGCCACAGAUGCACUGAAGGAUUUAAGUUUAAAUGGAGGACACCAAAGUGUAGCUCAGAGCAAGGGGGACAAAGCUUCAUUUAUAAACGGCCCAGUGGAAGACAGGGACUGCAUCUGUGAUUGUAGUAAAGAUGGUGCUGGUAAGUCUGAUGCCAGCAAGUUUUUCAAAAGAACUUCAACAACUGACUCCACUGACUCAGCUUUGGAUUCAGCAGUGUCUGUUGGGGACCAAACUGAUGCCAUGUUGGAUACAAAGGCCUUCAUGCGUUAUUACCAUGUUUUUCGGGAAGGAGAGCUGAGUUCUCUGGUAGAAGAGAAUGUGCCUGAGCUUCAGAUACUUUCUUCCUGCUAUGACCAUGGAAACUGGUGCAUUAUUGCAGAGAGAAGAGGAACACAGCUCUAAAGGGAACAAAGCAGAAUCCAGUGACUGAGGAUUUUAAGCUCUUCCUUGUGUUACUGUGAUUGUGCAGUGUGACAUGGAAUUUGAAUCUCGUAGUUGUGUGCUCAUUCAUUUUUGAGUUAUUAUCUCUUAACUAUUUAACUAGCUAAUGCAAGGUCUGUAUAUAGGAAUGUAAGUGGUAGACAAUAUUUAUGUUUUGUUAAACUUUUAUGAAGUUAAAACUGUAGAGUUUUAUAUUGCUUUUAGCAAAUAAUUGUGUUUUAAAAUAUACUUUUCUAUUGAGAAAUAAACCUUUUUAUAAAACAAGGAUCAGGGCAUCUUUUAUUAGAAAUAUCCUCUCAGUAGAAAGUCUAGUCUUUGUUCUUCAGAUGCCAGAAGUUUGUCACGUUGCUCCCUGUUCUUGAACUCCUAUAAUGAGACAUAGACACUAUGUCUAAAAUUGUACUUGACCGUACACUGGUAGAGUGCAUGCUGCAGAACUGGGAGCAAGCAUGGUUCCAGUGCUCCUUAGCUGGGAGUGGAGUUAUUAAUGGGCAAAAAACUCUGUACCAAACUAGCUCUGCAUAUACUGUCAUUUGAUGUUUGUAUUUGGCAGCAAAUGACAGCACAGAUUGAGGACAGUAUUUUUUACUUUUGUUUUAAAAAUAAUUUUAUUUGUUUCUCAGGUGUAGGUGGAGUUUUAUGUGUUAGCUCUCACAAAUACUUUAUCUUCAUUUCCUUUGCUGUAGUUUUUCAUUGGCUAUGUGUAUGUAAAAAUCAGAGGGAUUUGUGAGAGUGUGAGUAUUAUGUAAAGUUCUAAAAUAUCAAAUCCUUGAAAUACAUAUAUCUUUUUGAUAAGCCUGGGAAGCUAAGAUUAAUAAAAAUGCAAUGCAUAUCUGGUCA